CCUCAGAAAGAUGCAAAAACUAAUUUUCUCAGAAAUAAUGGAUACUUUAAUGAAGUUGGUGUCACACUCUCAUUGUGAUCACUGUAACUGUCAAAACUCAGUCGCAAACAGCCAAUAUAUCUUCAAGAAACCAAGUACACGUUUCUGCACUUACUGUACUUUAACCAUCAAGAAAAUAAUCUUGGGUUUUUAGUAUAUAUUUACUUUUGUUUUUGAUGCAUUGUUUUCUAACAUGGAUCCUGCUCUCACCUGAAAAUAUUCCUAGUACUAAUAAAGCCGGACUUAACUGGAUAUGGAAACAUCCACCUUUGAGUGUAUGGGCUGUUGAUAUCCAAUACACUAUUAUUCAUCCCAUCCCCAACUAUUCUGUCAACAUCAACAGAUUGUCCUCCCUGCAGCCUGCUGUCUGUACCUACUUCAUCCCCUCUCUCCUGCUCUCUGCUGAUGUACAGACUUUCUGUUCAGAGAAGGAAAGCCUGUUUGUUACGCUGGAGAGUUUCAAAGAAAGGGAGACAACCCGUCCGCUGCCCAUCUCUCCCUCUGCUACAAUUCAGCCGACAAAACAACAGAUCCCUAUCUCCAUGCAGAGUCUACUCUCCAUCACGCCGUGCACCUCCCACGCGAGUGUCAUGCAAAGUGCAGAUCGUUAGUUUUGUUGUUAUUCAUGAUUCUUUGGGCAAAGUUAUAUAGGAAGUGAUGACGUUGACCAGAGUGCCAUUUGGGCCGAUAGGAAAACAUCCAAUUAGAAAGCAAUUUAGGUUGAAAUAUACAUUUUCCACUUUCUUUAAUUUUUCAAUUAUAUUUUUUAAUGAAAAGUAGUAUGUGCAGCUGUGUGAGCAGUGACUUACUUGUAAUUUAGGUGUGAAACUAUAAUAAUCAGCCUGAAGCUGUUCUAUGCAUAAAACUAGUAGCAACCACAAGAGUUGUUUUUAUCUGCAUUUUUUUUAUUUGACUGUCUCUCUUUCUGAACUAAUUCCGUGUUAGUUUUAUACAAAUUCUGACUCCCAAGUUGCCUUCACAUUAGUUUUGUAUGACUUUUGAAGAGGAAUGAUGCAGCUAAAGAUAGUAUUUCUAAAAACCUGAUUAAAAAAUUCCUCAGUGGUAUUUGAACUGGGCAUGUUGGCUGGAUGAGAGGAGGAUGGGCUUACAGUGACAGGGGAGUAUGUGUGUGUGUGUGUGUGUGUGUAUAGAGUGGGAGGGGGACUGAAAACUACCAUCCUUUUAAAACAAGUUGUCCUGUUUGGACUUCAUUAGACCUCAUGUCAGCUCAUGAGCAGCAAGGACAAUAAUCUGGAAACAGCUAUUGAAGAUUUGUGUAUUGGACCAAAAGAUGGAGUUCUGGCCUGAGAAUCAGGGGCAAUCGCCACUAUACUCCAAAUUUGGUACUGUUCCUGGGAGAAACUGUACACAUAACUACCAUGAGAGACAUCAGGCAGCCCAUUAUCCAUUGUACUAUGGUGAACAGCAGGAUCAAGGCAGGGAGUCUAGUUACUGGACUGUACCAGGAUCAAGAACAGGAGGGGCUCCACAGGAGUACACUAACUGGACGGACCAAGAGCUGACCGCCCCUACUUCUUCUCACUUCCCUUUUAUUCUAGAUCGUCAUACUCAGCAGCACCAGGAUCUAGAAUAUCAACCGCAUGAAGCCAGAGAUAGAGAGUGGACAGCAGCUCAACGAGCAGCCAGGGAAUAUGAGAGGGGAUUUCUGAGGGAGGCGUGGCAGAGGAGGUGGGAGCCCUGUAGUCCUGUACGCUACAACAGGGAAGUUUCUACCAAGAGGAGCGACAGCAGCUAUCGAGAGCUGGAGGCUUGGGCAGCUCGAUAUAGCCAUUCACUUCCAAGGAGGAGACGUAUAGAGGCAGAGUUGAGGGGUGCCUCUCAGGGGUUGUUGGAGAGCAGCAGGGCUCCAGAGAGGGACAGCAGGAGUGGGACGGAUCCUCGAGUGGCAGCGCUGCAACAAGUCUUACAAUCUGCAAACAUUAGAGAAUCAGGACUGUGGGAUAGAGGGGGCAGACAGCAAACUCCGACUUAUUAUCCAUCACAAACUCACGCCACUGACACAAGCCACAUGCUGGACAUGAAAGAAAAGACCAGCUACCAAAGGAGGAUGUUUAGCCAACCUCCUGGCUAUAUUGCUCCUCCUCCUUAUAACAGUCCACAUAAAAGUUCACCUGUAUUACACCACCGUGAUAGUUGGGAGCAGGAAGGUAAGAGACAAACUUACUGGUCACAGCCCACACUCAGAAAACAGGACGUCUCUGUAGAUCUACAGGAUCACAGAAAAGGACAGAAACAGGACUUUACAAAACCAGAUGGGAAUCAAAAAACCUUCCCAGAGCUUGAAGAACUAAAGCAACAAAGACAGGAAACAGAUGCUUUACAGGCAAGCAGUCCUACUAGUAUCCAGAAAACAAACAUACAGCAUGAGGGUAUGUUGUCUCUGCAACAGCCAAAAGUGUUACAAGCAGUUCAGAAUAAAACGAUACAUGAGGAACCAUCCUCAAAAGUCAUUGAAGGAAGGAAGUUCAGAUUAAACAAAAAGACAGGUGGGAUGACCAUAUUCUGCUUGGUGUCUCGAAUAGCAGGCACCACUGAAACCCCAUCUUUGCCACUUUGUACCUUGCAAAGAAACAUUCAAAACACAGAAUUAGGAAGGGUUUCUGAAGGUCUAAGGGACAGCAGUGACAUUAAUAAAACACACAAACUUGCAGAUGAGGUAGACUUCAGAGCGUCAACACUCACAGAGCAGUCAAACACUUCUGAUGCGAGAAAUCUUAAAGCCAAACAGAAAGAAACACCAACCUGUGUAGAAAGUGAGAUGCUUGAGGAUAACCUAUCAAACAAACCAGAGACAGAUGCUGUUUCCCCAGAAAAAGCGAAUACAAAUGAUAAAAAUUCUACAUUUGGGUUGCUGUCAGUGCAGCCUGUGUCAGUCAAAUAUCCUUUGUGGAGGGAGCCUAGUUUCACCAGCAGGGCUGAAAGUGAGAGUUCAUCCACAUGUUUGAAAGCAAACAGUGAGGAAGGAGAAUCCGAUGUUCUGCACAGCCAAGAGGACUCUGCUAAAAUGUAUCCGAUUGACGUUGAAGUAAGGAGACUGGACAUAAAGAAAGACACAGAAUCUGAGGACAGUAAGGGUCUACUGGUUAUAGACACAACCUGUGUUGUUGUUAAAAUGGAGCUGAUUCAAUCCCCCAAGAAAGAGCAUGUUCACUAUUUCGGCUCUACACCGCACACUGAACACAGUCCACUUGAUAUUCAAUCAACCAUCUCUCCUGAAUGUGUCCAGUCAAACAGUCAGCAGAAUCGGGAUGUGACGACUGACCAAAACGCAGAAAAAAAACCCUUGCACAUUAAUGAAAGGCCUGAGACUGAACUAGAUUCGGAUCUUAUGGAGAAGAAGGCAUCCAGGGGAGAAAGUGAAAUCUCUUUUCCCUGCAUGUCCUCAUCUUCAAUUUCUGAAAGGGAAACCUUGGAGGAGCGCGCUGAAAGAAUCCUAGGAAUCUCUCUACAUGACUGCAUCACUGAGCAACAACCUGAAGAAGAUGCAAUGUCACUUCUUGACUCGUGUGUGAAGGACCAGGAAGUUGAACCUUCUCUAAUUAAAGAUAAAGACAUUGAUGAUGCAGUUGAACAAAUCCCAAACGACACAAAACAGGAGGAGCAGUCACAGAAUCAGUUAGAGGAUGGCCAAACUGAGGAUGCCAUGUGUUUGCAAGAGAAUGAUGAUGCCAAAGAUCUGGUGGUGAACGAAGGUGGUCAGGAUUUUGCAGGACCUGAGGAGGAGCUGUCUAAUAUGUCUGAAGGGAAUAACAUUGAUUCCCACCUUGAAAUCUUACCUGAAAUUGAAAUGACUGAGGAUCCUCUGCUUAAAUCUACGAGUGAAGAGGUUACAACUGAGCAGAAAGAAAAUCACCCUGUUGAAAAUGAUACCUCUUCUCAACAUCCCUCUCAGUGUCUCAGUCGAUCCACCAACCUUUCUAAUUCUUCUUCGCUUUCACCCUCUCUAGACUGUGAAGCACCCAACCCUGCUCUUUCUCUCAUGCUCUCAUCCUCCGAUCUUAUAUCUCUCUUGUAUAUCUCAGAAUCAAACAUAGCGGAAGGUCCUGAUCCUGAGUUGAUUGCCCUCAAUUCUGCAGAAAACCUAGCUCCUUAUCCUGAAACCUCAUCUCUUCCUCACACCCCAUCACAGCAACUGCCAUCUCCUCUUCCCCCUGGAUCUACUGACUUUUCGACAAGUUCCACUCCCCACACAGACCACUCCCCAAGCAAUUCUCCUCUUGAUUUAAUAGAUCAAACUGCAGAAGCAGUGUCCGGCGCUGAGGAUCAGGAUGAAAAGGGUGAAACAUCACAGAUAAUAAACAAUGAGAUCAGUGACGGCCUUGCCAAAGAUAUUACAGAGGAGCUGGUGUCACAGCAACAAUUUGAAAGUGGCCAACUAGACGAUGUUGCUUGUGUGAAAGAGAGCAAUGUCACUGAUGAGCAACAAUCAAAAGAAGCAGAUGAGGAUCAUACAGACCAUAUUCUGGAACAGACACGUCAAAUAUCCAAAGAAAAUGCAGUAGAGGUCAACAUUUUGCAGCAACAACUUGAAUGUGUCCAAGCAGAGGAUGCUGCUUGGGUAAAAGAGAGUUAUAUGACGGAAGAGCAACUACCAAAAGAUGCCGAUGAGGAUCCGACAGGUCUUUUGGAACAGACAAUAUCCCAAGAAAAUGUAACUGGCAGUCAAACUCAAACAGAAGUCAAACUUUUGCAGCAGCAAUUUGAUAAUGGCCAAGAAGAGGAUGCUUCCUGUCUAAAAAAGAGUUAUAUGACUGAAGAGCAAUCACAAAAAGAAGCAGAUGAGGAUCCUACAGAUGAUGUUAUGGAACAGACACGUCAAAUAUCCAAAGAAAAUGCAGUAGAGGUCAACAUUUUGCAGCAACAACUUGAAUGUGUCCAAGCAGAGGAUGCUGCUUGGGUAAAAGAGAGUUAUAUGACGGAAGAGCAACUACCAAAAGAUGCCGAUGAGGAUCCGACAGGUCUUUUGGAACAGACAAUAUCCCAAGAAAAUGUAACUGGCAGUCAAACUCAAACAGAAGUCAAACUUUUGCAGCAGCAAUUUGAUAAUGGCCAAGAAGAGGAUGCUUCCUGUCUAAAAAAGAGUUAUAUGACUGAAGAGCAAUCACAAAAAGAAGCAGAUGAGGAUCCUACAGAUGAUGUUAUGGAACAGAUACGUCAAAUAUCCAAAGAAAAUGCAGUAGAGGUCAACAUUUUGCAGCAACAACUUGAAUGUGUCCAAACAGAGGAUGCUGCUUGGGUAAAAGAGAGUUAUAUGGCAGAAGAGCAACUACCAAAAGAAGCUGAUGAGGAUCCGACAGGUCUUUUGAAACAGACAAUAUCCCAAGAAAAUGUAACUGGCAGUCAAACUCAAACAGAAGUCAAACUUUUGCAACAGCAAUUUGAUAAUGGCCAAGAAGAGGAUGCUUCCUGUCUAAAAAAGAGUUAUAUGACUGAAGAGCAAUCACAAAAAGAAGCCGAUGAGGAUCCAACAGAUGAUGUUAUGGAACAGAUACGUCAAAUAUCCAAAGAAAAUGCCAUAGAGGUCAACAUUUUGCAGCAACAACUUGAAUGUGUCCAAACAGAGGAUGUUGCUUGGGUAAAAGAGAGUUAUAUGGCGGAAGAGCAACUACCAAAAGAAGCUGAUGAGGAUCCGACAGGUCUUUUGGAACAGACAAUAUCCCAAGAAAACGUAACUGACAGUCAAACUCAAACAGAAGUCAAACUUAUGCAGCAGCAAUUUGAUAAUGGCCAAGAAGAGGAUGCUUCCUGUCUAAAAGAGAGUUAUAUGACUGAAGAGCAAUCACAAAAAGAAGCCGAUGAGGAUCCUACAGAUGAUGUUAUGGAACAGAUACGUCAAAUAUCCAAAGAAAAUGCCAUAGAGGUCAACAUUUUGCAGCAACAACUUGAAUGUGUCCAAACAGAGGAUGUUGCUUGGGUAAAAGAGAGUUAUAUGGCGGAAGAGCAACUACCAAAAGAAGCUGAUGAGGAUCCGACAAGUCUUUUGGAACAGACAAUAUCCCAAGAAAACGUAACUGACAGUCAAACUCAAACAGAAGUCAACCUUUUGCAACAGCAAUUUGAUAAUGGCCAAGAAGAGGAUGCUUCCUUUCUAAAAGAGAGUUAUAUGACUGAAGAGCAAUCACAAAAAGAAGCCGAUGAGGAUCCUACAGGUCUUUUGGAACAGACAAUAUCCAAACAGGCUACAGACUCUCAAACUCAAAUAGAGAUCAAAAUUUUGCAGGACACUGAACCACAGACUGAACCUUCUAACUCUUCUCCUCCUAUACCUUCAGACUCAGACUGUGAAGCGCCUCAACCACCUUUGUGGUGUGAUGUGCUCUCACCCUCCGAACUUCCUUCUCCACCAGAUACAUCACACAAGUCAGACACAGAGUUUGUUUCUCUUUUGGAAAUGGACUCAGUCUGUCCCUCUGCUCUAAAUCCUGAUGUUGCUCCUGCUGCUGGCAUCCCAGAAACUCUUCAUCUGGACUCUUGUGAGGAAUCCCUUCAGUUCUCAUCUUCCUCUUCCUCUGAUUCACCCUCAGUCCUGCUUCCUAGCUCUACAACUCCUCCUUGGCAGCAGGGAAGUGGAAGUGUUUCCUCUGACUUACCGUUCAAAGAAGAGCCCCAGUAUCCCAAGUCCCUUUGGGAUGCAGUAAAUCGCAUUAGAAAACAUACAGCGCCUGACUCUGAGAAUGAGGAGGAGGAAGUGGGUGAGCUGUGGGAUCCAGAGAGUGUAGGGGAGGACUUGGGUUUCUCAGAUGUGGUAGUGGACAUGAUUUCUGAGAAGAUAGUCUUUGAUGAAGCAAGGCAACAGGAGGUUUUAACAGAAGGAAGUGUUGAGGAUGUAGAGGUGGGACAAAUCCAGCAGUAUCCAUAUCAUGAAGAGCUAUGUGGAUAUGCUGAAGAAGACACACUGUCCUGCAGCAGUGCCAGCAGCCACGGCUCUGGGGACACUGUUAUUGUAGCAGAUGAGGACGAGGUUGAGGAAACGCCACCUGAUGCUGGGACAGAAAGCAAGACAGAGAAUGACUUGGCUGAAGGAGAGCAAUGCUGCUCUGGUGAAGUAAAAGAUGAGACUGCAUCUAAGGAAGAGGAGGAUGAUGGAAAUGAGCGUAUAACAAAUGAGUUUAGUCAGAGUGAGGAUGGCCUGGUUGAGGUGGCAAAUAUAAUAACCAAGGCAGUGGAAAUGACGGAAACAGAGCAAAUUGAAAAAGAGGAGGAGGUUUUUGUGCCCUCAGAGGUCUCAAAUGAAGGAAUGACUGAAAGUGAGCCUGUAAAAUAACUGGAUAAACAAGGAACGCUGGUCCGACAUGUUUAAUUAAACAUCUCACAACAAUGUACUAUUUAAAUUUGUAUUAUGCCUUAUAAUGAAUGGAAGUAAUUUCCUCAAUAACAUUUUGUAGCUGAUAUUUUCACAAAGGCUAAUAUAUUUUUUAGUUUCAGCGUAAUCUUAGAGCUUUUAUUUUUGAUGGAUAAGUGAUGUAGGAAUUUGACUAAAAUAUCCAAACCAACUGUUUAUUUGACAAACCUAUUCGUGUAAAACUGAUCUUGUCAUAGUUUUUCUCCAAAUCUUAAUUUCUAUUUAUCUGCUGUUUCUAUAGAGUUUAAGGUAAUAUUUAGCUGUGAUAUUAUGAAAGUGGAUGUAAUAAAAGAUUUGAUUAUUUGGAAUGAUUUCAUGGUGUGGUGAUGUUUCUGGCAAAAAUCAAGCCAUUGUUCUGUAUUGUAAGUAAAUAAAAUGGAGUGCAUUAUCAAAAUGCUGUGGAAAGUUCAUAUUGUGUCCUUUUAAAGGACAUCUUGUCUUGCGGUGAGUGCGCUUUGUUAGCUGCUGUUUCCAAGGUCAAGAAUGAACUUUCAAUCUCAACAUUUAUGCCAACGUGGACAGUAAGUCAUUAAAAUUUUAAAAUGUUAAAUCCCAUGACAACUGUACAAACUCCACCUGCUGAGGAAGAUUGUGCGAUACAAUCGAAACCUCCAGACAAAAACGUUUUAAAAUGCAAUUUUUCUAGUGAUGAUAUAAAUACUGAGAAAAGUCUUUUUAAAAACUGGAAUACACUUCUUAGUUCAAUAUGUAAUUUCCCUCAUGGUCUUCCUACCUACGUAUCAGUAUUUUCAUUUUUGUCCUCUCCUCUCAACGAAAUGUGUCCAACAAUACAUUGAAAAAGUUAUGUAAAUGUGCCAACACAACAAAGAUUCUGGGUGAAUUCUGUGUCACUGCACUACACUAUGUGACAAAUUGUGUAAUUGACUGAUCUUAAAUGAUUAUUAUCAGACUGUUACCUCAUUUUGGCUUUUUUAGAAUAAUAUGGAUACUGUAAUUACAGGCAACGAGAGGCAAAGCUAUUUAAAACAGAAUUCAGCUCAUUGCUUGCUUUGAUUUUCUGUCAGCUUGAUAUGGGACUUACAUGCAAACAUCAGAAUAUACUGGUAUCUAACAUUUUAUUGACGCCAAUUCAUGAUUUAACUGAUGGAUGAUUGAGGAUCUAUGACUUAUAGUUUAGAAAAAGGUAAACUUGUGUUGAUGUUGCCCAAAUAUAUUUCUAUUGAUUAAAGACAAAACAGAUGCAGGAAACUUACAGAAUUUAUAU